AUGAAUGUUUUUCUUUCGUUGAAAUGGUGUAUCGACUCACUGAAGAGAUCCUUCGAAAGUCAUCCCCCGAGUUAUAAUCAAUUAAUAAUUGUCGAUGAAGGGCAUACCGAUCUCAUUCAACCACGGUUGCCUUCCGAAUGUCUUGAGGAAAUUUUCAAGUACCUUCACGAUGACCUGGUUUCUUUGCACUCAUGUGCGUUGGUCAAUCGUUCGUGGUGUAGAAUAGCUAUACCUUUGCUAUGGUCGUGCAACACUUUUGGACU